AUGGACCAACAAUGGCAGCAGUCCUACCGAUACAACGGUAACCCUCCUCCUGCCCAGGCGCGAGAACGAGAGUACAACGGGAGCGCUCAAGCUCAAGGUCAAACCCCUCAAGUAGCUGGCUAUACCUACGAGCAAUAUCAGGGCGGAUUGGCGCAUUCACAUUCCGCAUCUCCUAACGGCGACGUAGCUAUGCAAGAUGCUGGGGAUCCAUACAAUACGCAGCAGAAGUAUCCUCUUAGACCGCAUCACUCACAACGAGCUAGCAACGAUUUACCCUCCGCAGCAGCUCAGAGAUACAGUCCUAUGGAGACACUUUCACCAACAGGUCAGGGUCAGUAUGGAUCUCGACAGUCUCCAACAAGACCUGGGAACUUUUCAUCGCCGACUUCAUAUUACGCAAAUCGUCAGCAAGCACAGCAGCUACCGCCGAUCACCCCGUAUGCGUCGAGCAAUGAAGGAUACCCGGCCUCUGCCACACAGCAGUUGAACGCAGUUUUUGGCAAUGACCCCAAAUCGCCCCGAAGACCUAUUGUGCAAUCUCAAGGACCUCCUGGUAGAGGGCCGGUCCCUGAAUUCACGAAGAUUAGAUCUGCCGCAGACUUGCAGCCCAAGGUCAAUUUGCAACCAGCUUUCCGAAGGGCAAAUCCAGAAGGAGGAUUUAUCAGUCCGCUACAAGCUCUCACGAGUCAUCUGCCAUCGACAUACCGCAUAUGCAAUCCUAGCUUCAAAUACGAAUCUUCUCGAAAUCCUCGCCGAGUCCUAACAAAACCGAGCAAGGGUGUGAAGAACGACGGCUUUGACAAUGAGGACAGUGACUAUAUCCUCUACGUGAAUGACAUUCUUGGGUCUGAGGAGACAGGUCAUAAAAACCGGUACCUCAUCCUCGAUGUCCUCGGCCAAGGAACCUUUGGGCAGGUAGUCAAGUGCCAAAAUUUGAAGACACAAGAAGUUGUUGCAGUGAAAGUUGUCAAAAACAGGACUGCGUACUUCAACCAGAGUAUGAUGGAGGUUUCAGUGCUUGAUUUGCUCAACACGAAGCUCGAUAAGAACGACGAUCACCACAUUCUACGGCUGAAGGAUACAUUCAUUCAUCGACAGCAUUUGUGUCUAGUGUUCGAGCUGCUGAGUGUCAACCUCUAUGAGUUGAUCAAACAGAAUCAAUUCCGAGGCCUAAGCACAACUCUUGUACGAGUGUUUGCGCAGCAGUUGCUAAAUGGCUUAAGCUUGUUGAACAAAGCUCGACUGAUCCAUUGCGAUUUGAAACCCGAAAACAUCCUCCUCAAGAAUCUCGAAAGUCCUAUCAUCAAGAUCAUCGAUUUUGGAUCUGCCUGCGACGAACGCCAGACGGUCUACACAUACAUCCAGUCGAGAUUUUACAGAUCUCCCGAGGUCUUACUAGGUUUACCAUAUUCGUCUGCAAUUGAUAUGUGGUCACUGGGCUGUAUCGUGGUGGAGCUGUUCUUGGGACUUCCCUUGUUUCCAGGUUCAUCGGAGUACAAUCAGGUCUCACGCAUAGUCGAAAUGUUAGGCAAUCCUCCAAAUUGGAUGUUGGAGAUGGGGAAGCAGUCUGGUGAGUUCUUCGAAAAGAGACACGACGUAGAUGAUUUUGGUCGACGGACGUAUCACUUGAAGAGCAUGGAACAGUACUCUCGCGAACAUGGGACGAAAGAGCAACCUAGCAAGAAGUAUUUCCAGGCGACGACAUUACCAGAGAUCAUUCGAUCUUACGCUAUGCCCAGGAAAAACAUGAAGCAGAACGAGAUUGACAGAGAAAUGAACAACCGUGUUGCAUUCAUUGACUUUGUCCGUGGGCUACUCAACAUCAAUCCUCUCGAGAGAUGGUCACCUCAACAAGCGAAAUUGCAUCCCUUCAUUACACAACAGAAGUUCACCGGGCCUUUCGUGCCCCCUAUGAAUCUCAAAUCGAGCGCUAUCAAUCGGUCACCAGCGCCUGGAACACAACAGCAGCAGCAGGCUGAGGCCCUUAGCAAGCAAAGAGCACAGGCUGCUCAGGCACAAGCUCAAGCUCAGGCACACUCAGCUCAAAUGCACGCUGCUGCGCAGAACCAGUACGCUGCCGGGGUCCCUAAUGCUCAAUAUCUCCCACCAGCUCCGAAUCCACCGCCCAUGUACAAUACCAACAAUAACGUAUACUCUCCAAGCACGAGCCAUCAAGUUGCCCCACCGCCGUAUCCUUCACAACAAGCUGGACCCUACAAUCAAAUGGGUAUGAUGAAUCAGGCCCCAACGCAAAUGCCUCCGGCCCAGUAUGGAGCAGCACCACCACAACAACAGCCCCUCUAUCAACAGGCAGCUAUUCGUUCUGGUCGUCAAAGAGCUUCUACAAUGGAGGUUCAGCAAGGUGGUAUCCCCGCAACUAUUCAGCGAGUAGCAAGCCAUCUUGAUCCUAGUCAACCCAUCCGGCUCCAACCAAGCCCUGCAUACUACCCACCGCCCCCAGAUGGCGCCCCAGAUGGAAAUCCUGGCAGUGCUCGGAGGAGAGGGAGUAGAGCUGCUCAAGGUGGACAGCAAGGCCAGAGAAGCAACCGCGACUUCAUCCGCAACUUGGAAGAUCGCACACUGGAAGAAGGAUUCAUGGGACAAAGCCAAUGGCAUUGA